AUGCACUAUCGUCAUAGAUUUUCGUUUUUACGUGCUCAAGUUAAAUUUGAAUCAAGGUUGGAAUAUGAGUCCUAUCUAAGUAAGAUAAAUACUUCUCUCCAGAAUGACCCACAUAAAUUUUGGUCGUUUAUCAAUAAUCGUCGAAAUACAUCAGGUAUCCCAAAUGUGAUGCAUUAUGGUGAUAUUAUUGCAUCAGACGUAGAUAUUGCAAAUCUAUUUGCACUUCUUUUCAAUUCCGUUUAUAAAUCACGGUUACCCCCACCACAUUGGAAUGCUGAUAAUAUUGGCAUUAAACCAUUUAUAUUUUUGCCUUCUAGACUUAAUAUUGAACUUAAUGAGGUAGAAGAAAAUUUAUUAUCUCUGAGAACAACUAAGAGUCGAGGGCCUGAUGGUAUAUCAGCUCAAUUUAUAUUUAGUAUAAGGGCACAGUUAAAAUAUCCUCUAUUGUAUUUAUUUAACCUCUCAUUAGCCGAAGGUAUAUUUCCAUUAAUAUGGAAAACGAGCCAAGUAACACCUAUUUAUAAAUCAGGAGACCCAGGGUCAGUAUCUAAUUAUCGUACGUGCGUGAAGUUGGCCCACCCACUUUGGCUUAGCGGUUCAAAAUCUUCACCAAAAGUUUGCGAGUUAAUUGCGAGAAUUUGCGAGUCCACUUUUAGAAUUUGCGAGUUAGCCGUUUUUGAGCUACAAAAAAAAUAA